GUAAAGCUUCUCCCCAACCAAGAAUGAAAAAAGAAAAGAUGAGAAAUUCAAAGCGAAAAUCCUCCCCCGGCGGCGAUUGCCCCGCCGAGAUUCCGGAGGAGGUUAUUAUGAGUGACAUCUUGUUGAAGAUUACGGACGGUGAGUGCUUGGGUCGAUGCCGCUGCGUCUGCAGAUCAUGGCGCGAUUACCUCUCGGCCCCGUCUUUGAUCCGGCAUAAGCUCCUCCUCCCAACACCAGAUUCGCGUUCUGAUUGUGAAAUUAUGAUUCCCGGCUCCGUCAAUGAUGACUACCGUCUGUACUCUCCGGACACUCUGGAACUCCUGACGCCUAACUAUUCCUCCUCCAUUCGGGACCUUGUUCCUGACUGGCAUCUCUGAAUGCUGCUUCAGUGAGGAGUCCAUGGUAACUCUUCUAAAGUCCUACGAUCAUAAUACCAAGACCAUGCGUAUGGGAAUAUGGAUGCUCUUGAAAUAUUGGGUAUCAGAAUCGUGGAUCAGGUUGUUUGUAAUUACAGAGCAUCCUAUAGUGGACAUUGUUGAUUCCGUGGGAUUGUUGAGGAAUUUGAGAUGCUUUUUCUUGGGAUGGAUUAAGAAGAGCACUCGUAAACGCUGCAUUAGUGUGUUUGAUCUUGCGACAGUAGAACUGAAUCAUUUCGAAACAUAUAGACAAUGUCCAACUAACAUCACAAGUUAUAUACCUUGUCAAUUUUCUCUCAGAGAUUAUGACCUGUAAAUUCAAAUCAUAUAUAGUCAGAUUUUUAUGGACAGCUGUAUGGUCUAUGGAUAACGUUCUUGUGUGGUAUUGUCACAUUGUCUACCGGCUCGAUCGCAGAUCUCGAAGGAGCUUAUAUGAGCUAUAUAUUGUUAAAUAUCACGGAUAGUGAAUGAGUUGCUCUCAAAAUUCGAGGAACUUAAUUGACGUGCUCUUUCAUCACAGUGAAAGAGGAUGGCGAUGAAUACAUGCAUGAUUGUCCU